AUGCCGAAGAGAUUCAAAGGGGAAAAUACUAGGGUUACCAAAGCCAACGAGCGAAAAGCUGCUCAUCGGGCGGAAGUAAAUGCGAAGAGAUCAGCAGAGAAGGAGCGCCAGGAGGCAGCGGAAUGGGCAGUAGGCUCGAAGGGUACGUCGAAAAGAGAUCUCGAAAGGGCCAAAAAGGAAACUCAACUAGCUAAGAAAGCGGAAGCGGCAAGAUUGUUGGAACAGGAAGAAAAGGAUCUUUCAAGGAACAGACCUUUACUAAGGCCUACGAGGGUUUCUGGAGAGGAGAAAAUGGCAGCAAGAAGGGCGCAGAGAGUAGAGACUAUUUCUAACGAAAGACGAGAAAUUCCGACAUUCGCCGCCUCGAACAUUGAUGAUGCCUUAGAUCUGUUGUCUCUAGCUACAGAGUCUUCGAUUCCUGCUGGAAGUUCAACAGGGUCUGGAAGCAGUCUUGCUGCAUCUACUGUUAUAGACCGGCAUCCGGAGAGACGUUUUAAGGCUGCUCUUGCUGCCUAUGAGGAGCGUGAAAUGCCAAAUCUCAGAAAAGAGUAUCCUGGCUUACGACGUACACAAUUACGAGAUAUGCUGUACAAGAAUUUCCAGAGAUCUCCCGAGAAUCCGUUUAAUCAAGAUAAUGUAUUAAGGUAUAACGCGUCUAAAGAAGAGGAAGACAAGUUGAUUGAGACAACGAGACAGGAACUUGAGGAUCGGUUGAGAAUAGAUUGA